UUAAUAAAUCCGGAAGUAAGGCGGUGCUGCUGUUUUGCUGUCGAGUCACCUCUGUGGGGAUGGAGGAAAACCAGCCGCUAUAAUGCUGCAACAGAGCAUCUCAGAUCGGGACACUUAGACACAAACCGUAGUUUAUCGUGAAUAUCGAACCGUUACCAGGAGGUUUUUUGGCAAAAAUGAUGGAGGAAAUCGACAGGUUCCAAGUGCCUCCUGUCAACGGAGAGACGCAACCUUUGGAUCCGGCAGCCUCCUCCAACUCGGAAGCUGACCCUGAUGCCAAAGGAGAGACGGUGUCUAUGAACUACAAGCCCUCACCGCUGCAAGUCCAAAUAGAGAAACAGAGGGAUCUUGCCAGGAAGGGAUCAGUGAAGAAUGGCACUGUGGGUAGUCCUGUCAAUCAACAACCUAAGAAGAAUGCUCGGACAAGGUUGGUGGUGCCAAAUAAAGGCUACUCUUCUUUAGACCAGAGCCCAGAUGAGAAGCCCCUCGUGGCACUGGACACCGACAGCGAUGACGACUUCGACAUGUCCAGGUACUCGUCAUCGGGAUACUCCUCGGCCGAGGUGAGAUGUCUGAGGGACCAGCAAAUCAACCAGGACCUCAACAUCCAGCUCCUGAAGGACGGCUACCGACUGGAUGAGAUUCCAGAUGACGAGGACCUGGAUCUGAUCCCGCCCAAAGCCGUCAACCCCACCUGCAUGUGCUGUCAAGCUCCUCCCUCCACAGCGUGUCAGAUCCAGUAGCACCGCCCUCCUCUUUACACAAGAAAAAAUAAUAAUAAUACAGAGGCCACAACGAGUGGGGUAAACAGUUUGCACACCUUUAGAAGCAGAAGAAGAAGAAAAAAAAAGGGUCUGUAAAUGUCAAAGAUGGAGGUAGGUAACACCAAUGGGUCUUGUGCACGUUCCUCCUAUGGUUGGAUAUGUGCACCUUCUGCCUUGUAUGGUGAACUUGGGCUGCAAUGAUGGCACAAACAUCAGCUUGAAGGAAAAUGUCUUCACUUUUUUUUUUUUUUUUUUUUCUCACAAGGACCAUACAGGACUGUUGAUUAGAAACCGUUGGACAAAAGACGAAAUAAACACCUCUUAUGGAGAUAAGGAAUUAUUUCUUCUGCUUCUGGUAAAGGAUUGGAAUAUGUGCGGUUGCACACCGCCCGUCUGCUUUGUCUUCGUUUACUGUGUGUGUAUGUGUGUGUGUGUCCAACAUAAAGAUGACGUGUACGCGUGCGUACUACAUAGCCCGAGAAGUGGCCCUCAACCAUUGGACUUCUCACCAUAAAGCACUAAAGGUAGUUCAAAUCUUAGUUUUCAAAUGUAACGUCUGUUUCAUCAUUGCGAUUA